CGUCCCGGGCAAGUAAAGGAAAGCCUUCACGCGGAAAGUCGGGUUUCUCGUUUCUCAGUUUGUCUAGCUUUUCCAAAGACACAGAGUGUGGUACACUGGCAGGUCUUAGAACCCCCAAAUGGGCAGGCUCAAUCGAGAGGGCAAUUGUGCAGCCAUAGAUAGGGUUUUUAUUUGAGACUGUCCCGCGUGGCAAGGCUGCACACGGCUGUGGGAAAUGCGAUUACGGAUUAGGCGACUUCGGGCGGGAGAUGACGAUUAGCGGAUGAAGCUGCGGGAUAGUGAGCUGCAAGAGGUUGUGCAAAGAUGACAGUCGUGCUGUGAAUAAGUAAUAUGUUUGGGAAGGGUGGAAGGAUGAUGGUUGGAAGUGGAUAUUUUUCGUGGUUGGUUUGAGCAGCUCCCCGUGCGCGAAGAUCGUCGCGCGAGCUUCUGCAUCCUUCAGGAUUCCGAAAAGUUGCGGCAGCUUCCGCUGGUGUAUCAUGACGAUAAUUUGCUUUUGGAGGCAGAAGCAGCCGACAGACGGAUGACGGUAUUAUAUCUCGACUCGACCGGGUUUGGAAGCGGAGGAAAUGUGAGCCGUUGUUUGUUAAAUUGAGAGGAAAUCGCAAUUUUUUUCGGUGUCGUGUUUGUGUGUACAAGAAGGACCGAAUUCUGCCGGCAUGCAAGAGUGAAGGGAGGUGCGAGGGUGGAUGGGAAAAAACAGGAAUUACGUUGACGUGCAAGAUUUGCUGUGGUUUCCGCGAGAAAACGAGUUUGGCGUAGAGGAAAAAAAAACAACAAGUGAAAACAACAACAGUUUGACGCGAGCACCGAAAGGGGGAAAUGGAGUUCCGAAUGUGAUUCCGAAUCCGAGUGGAAGAUAAAUGAGACGUACAUAAACGGCGAAGUGCUGGAAAGCAGUAUCCUCUUAUUGCGCUACCAUUGUGUGUAUGUGGGUAGGUGUGUGUUUGUGUGUCGGCCAGGCAAAGAGAUCACGAAGUUUCUGGUGUUAGAGUUCCCCCCGAAAAAAAAAACGUGAAAACGAAAUAGGAAGCUAGGAAACCGAUAUUCGCUCUGCGCUUUGAAAAUCACCGGAAGUAGAAAAAGGCAAAUGUAGUGCAGAAUCAGAGCUGGGGGGACAAAAAAGAUAUAUACACACACCGUACGAGAAGCGCUGCCUGGAGAAGGAUUAAUCUGAAACAGGAUUCGACGGCCGUUCAACCACAAGCGGUAUCGCGCGACACCACGGUGAAGUUCAGUCACCGAGCAUCCGAAAUUGCACUCGUCCGCGGUGACAUCUCCAGCUUCCACAAUCCCCGCCGAACGGAACUAUUGCAGCAAAAGCAGCACCAGCAUCGGCAAAAUCCAGCUACUGGCAGUUCCGGCAGCAUUCGUAACCAUCCGGACCACUACGCCCACUAGUCGGUCGGCGGUGCGCCGGAAGAAGCGUCGAAGACGAAAGAAAAGAGUGACCAUUAUGGGCCACUACCAGGUGGCGUUCAGCACUAUUACCACCAUUACUAGUACUUCUACUACUCACACCACCACCACCAACGUUAUCCUUUCUGACGGCACCGCCAAUCUCUAGAGUAAAACUGCGUGUCUGCGUGUCGUGAGCAAGCGCAAGCGCAAGUGUAUAUGUGUGUUCGAUAGUAAAAUCGCGCGUCGCGCGUCGCCGUCAAAACCAAACCGACACAUGUGUAUGAGUGUGUGUGUGCGUGCGUGUCUAUUGUGUAAUUUUUGUCAUCUGUUGAGUGUUUUCGUUCAAUUAGUAAUCGAAUGGUUUGCUGUUUACACAAAACGCAAAUUUUCACAAGCCGAUUCCCUGGGCCAAGAGGAGCACUAAAUUCAAGCGGAAAAUCGGAAUUUCGGAGUAAAACGGGUAUUUUAAACGUUGUUUGUCACAGCAACAAAACAAAUAAGGCAAAACUAACAACACAGCAAAACAACAGCCCACUUUAUGUUGGAUGGGGCAAAAGUAAACGCGCACCAGAAGCCGGCUGUUGAUUCUUGUUUUUUCUAAUAGCAUGUAAACAAUUUGUGUAUAGUAGCAGUAGUAGCAGUAAAUCUCGGAGGAAAGUUUGGGGAGAGAGUUGUAGGUGUAUGCUGAAUGUGUGCGUCUGACGAUUUGUAACACUAGUUAAAAGAAAACCUAAAACAAAUUCAAUGAAUAAAGUUGAGGUACACCUCGGUCAUAGAUCAGCCUAGCUUGAUUUCACGUGGGACCAGCCAAUUACACCACCGCCCUUAGAACCGUCAACGCGAUGACAGCCACUAGCGAACAAGUUUAAUAGGGAGAGAAGACAGACAGGUAGUUGCAUCAACAAUGGAUUACCCCUUGAUGUCGGCAGGUAACAUCUCGCAAGAGGACUUCCUGGCCAUCGUCGGCGGGAAUUCGUCACUGGCCGGAAUACUGGGCGGCUCGGCCACUAAUGUCUUCAAUGACACGUUGGGUGGAGUUCUGGCCACCGGUGAUAAUCGGACCAUUUUCCACGGCUAUCCAAGCGGAUACACACUGCCGCACAUCAUCAUCGCUUCAAUUAUUGUGACAAUACUAAUGAUAGUGAUUGUGGUCGGUAACCUGCUGGUGAUCAUAGCGAUUGCCACCGAGAAGGCGCUCAAAAACAUCCAGAAUUGGUUCAUUGCCUCGCUGGCGGUGGCGGAUUUUUUUCUCGGGCUGGUCAUCAUGCCCUUUUCGCUCGCCAACGAGCUGAUGGGCUACUGGAUUUUCGGGAACUGGUGGUGUGAUGUGCAUUCCGCGAUGGAUGUGUUGCUCUGUACGUCCUCGAUCAUGAACCUGUGCCUGAUCUCGCUGGAUCGGUACUGGAGCAUCACGAAGGCGAUUGAAUAUCUGAAAACAAGGACACCAGCGAGGGCGGCGUUCAUGAUAGCCGCGGUUUGGGUGAUGUCGGCGUUGGUAUGCAUUCCGCCGCUGCUCGGCUGGAAGGCGCCCCGCCCGGAGGAACACGUUCAGCUGCCACAGUGUCAGGGAAAAAAACAAAAACAAAACAACCACUAAAAAUCAGUUCGAGCGGAUUGUGCUGCUUCUGGAGCAAGAACCGGACAUAGCAAAGGGUUUCUCCCGAGGAAAUUCCGGACCCUUCUGGGAUGAUCUGGCGGCAGAAGUCAAUAGUUUGGGACCGCCUAUUCGCGAUGGAAGUGGAUGGAAAAAGGUUUGGGCGGACUAUAAGUCCGGAUUAAAGCGAAAACUCGCUCACAACAAACGGGAGCAGAGGGCGACAGGUGGAGGACCCAAUAAAAUUAUCAAUUUGUCCGAGCUGGAGGAGCAGGCAGUUCUACUAACUGGGUUACUUGCGACCGUGGAAGGAAUCCCGGGUACCUCAUCUCAUGGAACACAGUUGGGUUCGCCUUCGGGUGAACCUCAAGCUGCAGACCAGGAAAAUUUUAUAUAUUAUGGUACUUCCGACGAGUGUGACGGUAUCAAUAAUACCAUUCACUUCCAGCCCUCUCAGCCGAAAAAAUCCAGACCUUCUACCACGAGGCUAUUAGAGCUGCAAGUCGAGCAACAAAACAAAUUUCACACCAAUGUGAAAUCCCUGUUAAAAAUCACAAACAAGAAUUUGAGUGAUCUGGUUCAUUAUCAGCGCCAAUCAGCUCGAGCGAUUCUUUCCGUGGAUGCCACACUCAAAGAACAUCUGAGUGAACAAAAACGACAUAACCACGAGAUGGAGAAGAUCGCGCUGGAGAAAUCAAUAGUCAAGCGACAAAUCCUUGAAACGCAGAUUGCGUAUAUUUCAGAACAUUAGAAUAAUGUUUCAAAAUAUCAGUGAUCUGAUUUUUUAUCUUUAUAUUGUAACUCAAGUAUAAAAAAAUGAAAAAAGUUCUAAUCGUAUUUUUAUAUCUUUCCAUGGAAGAAAAAUCUUACUUAAUUUUUUCUUUGAAGUUUGUUUGGAAUAGCAUCAAAAUUAUAUAAACUUUUUUUAAAUUCACGAAUUUCGCCUAUAGUUUAUGGAACUUCCUUAACCCCUUCACGUACAACAUUGAACUUCACUCGUUGUUUCUCGAUGUGAAAUAAUUACAUAGCUUCAGGCAUAUGAUGAGGAUACCGACAACUGAAGAUUAUCAAAUUUCCGUUAUUUAAAAAAAAAAUUGAA